AUGAUUGCAGCCAAAGACAAUAAUAAAGAACUUUUAGAACUUUUAUUAGCUCAUGGUGCAAAUAUCAACGUUGCAAAUAGAAAUGGAGAAACAGCUCUUCAUAUUGCAGCUAAAACUGAUUAUAAUGAUUUAGUAAAUUUUCUAGUUUUGCAUGGAUCAAACAUCAAUGCAAAGAACAAAGAUUCAGAAACUGCUCUUCAUCUUGCUGCUAGAAGACAUAAUAUAGAAAUGGCAGAAAUCCUUAUGUCAAAUGGUGCAAAAGUUAAUAUAAAAAACCAAUAUGGGGAAACUCCUCUUCAAUAUUUGCUUCCAACAUAUGAUUAA